CCCGCCAGUUGCGAGCCAGCUGACAGCUGAGCGCCGCGACGGCCUGCCUGCCUUUGGCCCGUCUGCCUAGACCGCCUCCACUGGCCUGGCAGCCUGCCUGGGUCAAGCGUCCUGGAGGACUUGGCGGACCGCGCGGCGUAGCGGGGGUUCCUUCUCCUUGCCGGCACAACGUCUAUCUUUGUCCAGCUGGCGACUGCGCGGCCGGCAGUCCGGUGCUCGUUGGCUCGUUGGCUCGUUGGCUCGCUGGCCUUGAACGGCGGUGAGGCGCGGCGCGCGAAGACCCAGACCCAGUCGCGGCGAGGCGCGGCGCGUCGGGCGCGUCUCACAGUCGGUGUGGCGGUCGCGUCGACGGGAGGCCCACGUUUUCGUCCUGGCGGAGCAGCCCGCCUAGAGUGCCGCGCCGCGGUGCACUGCAAGAGCCCUGACGCCGACACCAUGAGGACCGCGAGGCAGCAGUAGAGGGCUUCCCCAGCCCCGCUCGUCCACCAUGAGCCUCUCCAGGAGCACCGACUGCGUCCUGCCCCCCGACAUGCAGGAGGAGCGCGUCUCGGCGCGCGCCGCCACCAGGCAGAUCUUGUCCACCCUGUCAGCGGGGCUGGCGUGCGUGGCCGUGGGGUCCUGCCUGGGUUGGCCAUCUCCCAUCCUGGACCGCAUGAGCAGCAAGCACUGGCGGUGGCCCGGCGUGGGGCUGGAGCGCGGCGGGGGGCUGGGGCCGCCGCGGCCGCUGUCCACGGACGAGGCGUCCUGGGUGGUGUCCCUCAUGGACCUGGGCAUCGUCCUGGGCUCCCUGCCGGCCGGCUGGGCCGCGGACCGCUGGGGCAGGAGGCCCGUGCUGCUCUCGUGCGCGCCCAUGUUCGUCGCGUCGUGGCUCCUCGUCCUGGCCGCGCAGGGCCCCGAGUUCCUGUACGCGGCGCGGCUGCUGCAGGGGCUGGCGUCGUCCGUGGCCAUGGUGGUGACGGCCAUGUACGCGGGCGAGGUGUCCGACGACGGGCUCCGCGGCGCCAACAGCGCCAUGGUGGCCAUGCUGCUGACGCUGGGCACGGUGGUGUCGUACAGCGUGGGGCCCUACGUGACGUACCGCGCGUUCGCCGUGUCGCUGCUGGGCGUGCCCGCCCUGUUCGUGCUGUGCUUCUGCUGGGCGCCGGAGUCGCCGUACUGGCUGCUGGUGCAGGGCCGGCGCCUCGAGGCGGAGCACGCGCUGCGGUACCUCCGCGACGCCGGCAGCUGCCCGCUGCGGGUGUGCGCCGAGGCCGACCGCAUCGAGGCCGGCAUCAUGGAGGCCUCGGACGCGGCGGCGCGCUCCUCGCCGUCGUCGGCCUCCUCCGGGGGGCUGUUGGCCUCCUUCCGGGAGCUGCUGGUGGUGCCCGGGCCCGACCGCGCCGCCUUCGCCUUGGUCAUCACCCUCACCAGCCUGCAGGCGCUCAGCGGCUCGGACCCCAUGACGGCCUACUCGGCCGUCACCCUGCCCAACGGCUUCGUGCUCGGCGCCAACGAGGUCGUCAUCUUCUUCGGCGUGGUGAGCACGCUGUCGACGGGCGUGGGCGCGGUGCUGAUGGACCGCGCGGGCAGGCGGCCGCUGCUCAUCGCCUUCUCGGCGCUGCAGUUCGCCUCGCUGCUGGCCUCCGCCGUGUACUACACGCUGGACGAGCGCACCACCCUGGACAUGUCCGUGCCGGAGUGGGUGUGGGUGCCGCCAGCCGCCCUGGUGCUGUACGGCGUCUCCUACCCCAUCGGGCUGGGCUGCGUGCCCAACACUCUGCAGGUGGAGCUGUUUAGCACCCGCGUCAAGGGGGUGGCGCUGCCCGCCAUCCUGGUGUCCUUCAACGCCCUCACCUUCCUCGUGUCCAAGCUGUACCAGGUGGUGUGGGACGCGUGGGGCAAGGACGUGGCCUUCUGGUUCUUCACCGCGGACUGCCUGCUGGCGGUGGUCGUGGCCACCGCGCUGCUCAAGGAGACCAAGGGGAAGUCCUUCCCGGAGAUCCAGGACCUCCUGGACUCGCGGCGGAAGCGCCGGUCUGCACCGACGUGGCCGUCAUGACGACGGCGACGACGCGCAACCUUCAAAUGUGAUAAAGUGACAAGUGCCAAAGUUGUGAACGCGAAAUGACGUUGGUGACGAGGAAUUCAGACAAAGCCGUGCGUCGGCUGCCUGACUGACCAUUUUUUAUCGUAAUCAUUUUGUUUCAGUGACGUGAGUUCUAGUUGAGAAGUGUACUAGUCCUAGUCCUUUGUGCGGGUACUCAGACCCACACCUCGGGCCAUUGAGGAAAACUGUCUAGCGAAUGCACUUUAACUACAAGACUGAGCGCUUUAGUUGCGUUGUAAAUAAUGUAUAUUUCUUAUUUGAUUACAUGACUGCGAAUCAGA